AUGUCCUUCUCUAAUGAGACAGCCAGCAUUCCUGGUUUCCUCCUGACAGGGUUUCCUGGGCUAGAGAAACACCACAUCUGGCUCUCCAUCCCCAUCUGCUCCAUGUACCUCGUGGCCAUCGCAGGGAACUGCACCAUCCUCUUCAUCAUCAAGAAGGACCAAGCCCUCCAUGAGCCCAUGUACUAUUUCCUCUUCAUGCUGGCCCUCUCAGACCUGGGCAUAUCUUCUGUCACUUUGCCCACCAUGCUGAGUGUCUUGUGGUUCAACCACUGUACAAUCAAUUUCAACGCCUGCCUGAUCCAGAUGUAUUUCAUCCAUACUUUCUCCAUCGUUGAGUCAGGCAUUCUACUCUCCAUGGCCUUUGAUCGCUUGGUGGCCAUUCGGAACCCCCUGAGAUACACAACUAUCUUGACCAACAGAACCAUCAUAAAGAUAGGAGUGGGAGUUGCCAUUCGGGCUGGCUUCCUCGUGUUCCCAGCUUCCUUCCUCCUGAAGAGGCUGCAGUAUGGAAGAGUGAAUGUGCUGUCAUAUUCAUUCUGCUUGCACCAGGAUAUUCUGAAGGUGGUGCGUUCAGACAGGAAAAUCAGCAGCAUCUACGGCUUGAUGGUGGUGAUCUCCUCCAUGGUUCUUGACUGUAUAUUGCUUGUUUUGUCAUAUAUCAUGAUACUGAAAACUGUGUUGAGCAUCGCCUCCAAGCUGGAGCGCCUCCGAGCCCUAAAUACCUGCAUCUCCCACAUUUGUGCUGUCCUCACUUUCUAUAUCCCAAUGAUUGGCCUCUCAAUGAUCCACCGCUAUGGGAAAAAUGCUCCACCUGUAGUUCAUAUCCUCAUGGCCAAUGUGUACCUUCUUGUGCCACCACUGAUGAACCCCAUUGUGUACAGCGUGAAAACCAAACAAAUCCGAGCUAGGAUAGUUAAACUAUUCCAGAAGGGUAAAAAGUAA